AUGGUAUUGGAUGGUUUCUCAUAUAUUCAAGAUCGUCAAACUGACACAAAAACUUAUUGGCGUUGUGAAAAUCAUAAAACUUGUAGUUGUCAUUUUCGUAUACAUGCAUGUAAUGAAUCUGUUACUCAAACACAUGUUAAAAUAUUAAAACAACAUGGUAAUCAUGCAGCGAGUUGCAAAAGAGAUUUAAUUAAAUUAUCAUUAAGAAAAUUUCAUGAAGAUAUUGCUGAUCGUGCAGAAAAUACUCAAGAAACAACCGAUAUUGUAUUAACACAAUGUAUGUCGAAAUUAUCUGAUUCAGCACGUAUACGAUUGCCACCAUUAGAUCAUAUUAAAAGAACAAUUUUACAACAUCGAAAAAAAAUUGAUUUGCCACAAGUACCAAAUGAUGUGGAUUUUCCUACUAUUCCUUCGGUUUUACAAUUAACGAAACGAAAUGAUAUGUUCUUACGUAUUGAUACAGGUCCAGGACCUGAUAGAAUACUUAUCUUUAGUAGCUCUGAACAACUUGAAAUCUUACAAACAUCAACUAAUUUUCUGAUGGACGGAACUUUUGAAAUAGUUCCAGAAAUAUUUUACCAGCUGUAUGUCAUUCAUGCUGUACAUCGUGAACAUGUUAUUCCUGUUGUAUUUUGUUUACUUCGACGAAAAAAUACGACGACAUAUCAAGAAAUGAUUAACAAAAUAUUAGAACUUGCACCAGCACGGAAUCCUGAAACUAUAAUGUUAGAUUUUGAAAAAGCUGUUUUAAACGUUCUUUCAAAUAGUUUUCCACACGUUUCUUUAUCUGGUUGCUAUUUUCACCUGAGACAAAGUAUCCAUCGACAAUUACAGACACAAGGUUUACAAAAGCAAUAUGAAGAAAAUAUUGAUUUUGCUAAUGGUAUACAUAAAAUCGCAGCACUGGCAUUUAUUCAUCCAGAUAAUGUUAUUAAUACAUUUACAGAUCUUAGUAUUCAUCUGGAUGAUACAUUUCAAACUAUAUUGGACUAUUUUGAAGAUAAUUACAUCGGUCGUUUUCGAGCAAAUGGAUCACGUACACGACCACUAUUUGCUAUUGAAUAUUGGAAUGUUUAUGAACGAACUAAAAAUCAACAGAUGCGAACUAACAAUUCAGCAGAGGCCUGGAACAGACGCAUCAAAGAAGAUUCGAAUAUUCAUACCAAGAUCGUUCGAGCCAAUGCUGGCGAACCAGUUAAUAAAAAAAAGAAGUAUCAAUAUCUUGAUCAACGAUUAUUUAAUCUUGUUUCUAAUCCUCAUCAAAACAAUAUUGAUCAAAUUAAUGCUAUAGCACAUAA